GGGGAUAGUGGCGCGCACCACUGGACAAACUGACUUCCGGAGAAGGAGAAGAAACACGGCGCUGGAGGUUGUGCGGUGAUUGAUGGAGGUUUCGCUACGCAGCUUGAGAAACACGGCGCUGUCAUUGACGAUCCACUUUGGAGCGCCGUUUGCCUCAUCAGUGAUCAUGACCUGAUCAAGAAGGUCCAUUUGGAGUACUUGGAGGCAGGGAUAAAUAUUUUGGUUUCUUCGUCUUACCAGGCCACCAUUCCUGGGUUUAUAUCAUAGGAGCUGUCCAUGGAAGAAGGGGAGUUGCUCUUAGAAAAGAGUGUUAAAAUGGAAGCUCGUGAUAGUUUUUGGGAUUCUGUGAAGAGUAUCCCUGGACAUAAUUACAAUCGGGCUUUGUUGCAGCAUCCAUUGGAAGCUAUGGUGCUUAUCUGCUGAUGGCUCAGAGUACAGGUGUGAAUGUGGAUAAGUUGAAGGAUUUUCAUCGGCGCAGAUUGCAGAUUCUUGUUGAUGCAAGCCCAGAUUUGCUUGCAUUUGAGACUAUUCCCAAUAAACUUGAAGCCCAGAAGGCCUGUGUGGAGUUGCUCGAAGAAGAAAACGUCCAAAUUCCAUCUUAGAUCUGCUUUAGCUCCGUAGAUGGCGAGAAUGCACCGUCGGGAGAGAGCUUCGAGAAGUGCCUUCAUGCCAUUAAUAAAAGUGACAAAGUAACUGUAGUUGGCAUAAACUGUACACCUCCUCACUUUAUUGAAGCUCCGAUUUGUAAGUUCAAAGAGUUAACCAACAAGCACAUAGUUGUCUAUCCCAAUAGUGGCGAGGUAUGGGAUGGCAGAGCCAAGAAAUGGCUGGUGAGUCAACUUAAUUCUUCCCUACCCCACUCUGAUAUUUCAUGGCUUGUGGGCCUACAUUGCAAUAUUUCCAUUACUAAUUAGCGUUCUGGUUUUGGUAGCCAUCAAAUUGUUUUGUUGAUGACAAAUUUGAAUCAUUUAGUUCAAGAUGGCGUGAUUUGGGAGCAAAAUUCAUUGGAGGCUGUUGUCGUACGACACCGUCUACCAUCCUAGCUAUAUCAAAGGUUUGGAAAGAAAGCUCCCAUUAGUGACCGCCGUCUAAUUUUUAACCUUUUUUGUUCUUUUGUAAACUACUAGAUUGAGGUGUUAUGGUUUGCAUUCUGACAUAAUUUUUUCGGCUUAUAGAAUUUUACUGCAUAAAACUCGGGUAGGCAUUUUUACUUCUUCAUGAAAUUCAACUAAAUUGAGGAAAAGAAAACUAUUACAUUUUCAGAACAUAUUUUAUAUUUUAUUUCAAAGAAUGAUAAAAAUCUUAGAGAAUGGAUCCAUCAGGACAAUGCAAACUUUGGAUGCUGAGGCUGAUCUUGGAAGUUUAUAAGCAAGCAGGAACAUAAAAACCAACAGAGUUCCAAUCCCUUACUGGAUUAGGAAAUCUUCUCCUUUUUUUCUGGGAAAAGAUAAAAAAUGGAGGAACAGUCGUUUAUCCUCAAAGUAGACUGAGAGGAAGAAGCCGAAAAGUAUGGGAUUAGACAGAAGGUAAUGGAUAAUGCAAUAUUGGGAUGGGGGCCCCUAAACAAGAUCUCAACUUUUUGUCGAACCAAAAAAAGAAGUGUCCCUUUCUCAAUUAGGGUGCCCCACAAAUUUACGCAGCCAAUCAGAGAACAACCCUUUGGAUGAACUAUAACCCCUCGACCAAUGAAGAAGUGGAUAAGACCCUUCUGUGGACCUACCCACUGCAAGUUCUUUUUCUAUAUUAAACAAGUGCACAAAAGUGCAAUUCCUUCUCAGUCUAGACCCUUCUCUGUCGUGGAUUUAGCUGGAAAAGCGCAGUCCGAGGGGCAUUCCCCAGGUCCCUCCAUGGUGUCUAGUUAAAAUAGUUUCUCGUGAAUAUUUAUAAAACAACAAUGACGAACUAGUAGAAAUUAUCAGUACAGUGUCCCAAUUUGAAGCCUGCAAGUUGUGUUUUUAAUACAAACUCACAUUUUUAACUGAGUUUCAGUGUAUUGACUCUUUAUCAUUUCUGGUUAUUUGAAUUUUAUGAUGCCGAGGAAAAGCGUGCAGAAAACAGCAGAGGGAGGCAAGACCGCCAGACCCUGCGAAAGCUGUAUCAUCAAGCGGGCUCGGUGGUACUGCGCUGCCGAUGAUGCUUUUCUGUGCCAAGCUUGUGAUGCUUCAGUUCACUCCGCCAACUCCUUGGCUCGUAGGCACGAGCGAGUUCGUCUUCCAACUGUCUCUUACAGACCCUCUUCAGACAACUCCUCUGCUGCUUCAUGGCACCAAGGCUUCACCAGAAAGCCACGGUCACCUCGAAUGGGAAAGACCGCUCCGAUGAGGAAGCCAUUUCCUCAGGUACCGGAGGUGAGUGCUAAAGAAGAAACGGAAGAUCAAGAACAGCUCCUCCUUUAUCGAGUUCCUGAAUUGGGAACCGAUUCAAAAGUUGGUAAUUUGUUUAGUUUUGUUGGGGAAAAAGAAAACUCAAAUGGGUAUCUCUCGUACCAUAUGGAUCCUGCUGAAUUCGCGGCUGAUGUUGAGAGUUUGUUGGGGAAGUCGCUUAAUAAUAAGUGCUUAGAUAUGGAAGAACUGGGGCUAGCGGCUUCCAAAGAUCACUCAACGACAAAGGAUGAUUACUCUUUAAACAGCCACGAACUUAUUAGGAUUGAACAAGAUGAGAUAGAGAAAUUGACUCCAAUGCUCAGCGCAGAAGCCGAUACAAUGAGGGAGCCAUUUGAACUGAACUUUAUGGACUUCGGCAGAAAUCCAACGACGUGCGGUGAGGAAAACAAGGUGAUGAUGGAAGUCAAGGAAGUGGUGAAGAAGGGUGAACUUGAGAUGGAAGAGACAAAGAUUGUUAACAACAAAAAGAAAGUAUCAUUGAGUUUAGAUAGUGAAGCAGUGAUAAUGGCUUGGGGGAGCAGAGGAACUCCAUGGAUGUCCGAUGAUGGACCGAAUCUCGACUUCAAUUAUCACUGGCUGGACUACAUGGGUACGUGGGAAAGUGAAUAUUAUUAUCAGGCUUUCGGGGAGGUUAGCGGCGGAAUCAGGCGACAAGCGGCAGCCGGAGUUGAAGGAGAGAGAGAAGCACGAGUGUCGAGAUACAGAGAGAAGAGAAGGACGAGAUUAUUUGAAAAGAAAAUAAGAUAUGAAGUCCGGAAGCUGAAUGCAGAGAAGAGACCGAGAAUGAAGGGGAGGUUUGUGAAGAGAUCAUCUUGCUUUGCGCCGCCACCUUUGCCUCUCUUUAAUUAGUCAUUAAUCUUCAAUCAUUAAUACAAUAAUCCACUUUUUCAAAUUUAUUUCAUCAAUUUUGGGCUGUUAGCGGUCCGCUAGCCCAUCAAUGCCCAGUAAUAUGGUCCACUGGUCUAUCAAUGGGCCUGUGGGCUAGUCCAGUAGUUCGUCAAUGGGCUUAUGGGCUGGUCAGUAGUCUUAUCAAUGGGUCAGGUACCCAAACUUUUUGUUGAAUAGUUAUGCUAUUGUAUUUAGUUUAAAAAAGAAUAUAUAUAAGGUAAGUCAUACUCACA